ACGUCACUGCGACCCUUGGACCAGGCCCAAGCAGGGAUGUUUCCCUAGCCCAGGUCCCCGAGGUCCCCGAAAGCAACGCUAGAUCAUCCAAACCAGCACACGGUACCUACUCGGACGCGUUGUUACGGACAUUACUUUGUCUCCGAAACAGAAGCCCAUCAGGGGAGCCAAACGACUUGUCAAGAUCGAAUUCCGCAACCCACCCUGCGGAAUCAGAGAAAGCUCGGGUGUCAGCAUCCCGCCAUGUUCCAGCUCCUGGAUGCUAAACGCGUCCGACGGGAAGAUCUUGCUGACUCGGCCUCGGACGAGUCCUCAUCUGGUGAUGAGAAUGAUUCGCCCCAUGCUGAGCUGAGGGCGAAACUCCAUGCGCGCCUUGCGAGCGCUCUCAACCUUGGCGAAUUUCUGCAAGCCCCCAUCACUGCUCCUGCAUCGGCGGCCAACGAGGAGCGUCACGGCCAAGACUCGGAGUCGUCUGCCGCUCAAGAAGGACAUGACGCAGAAGAUGCGGAGGAAGCGUUCGAGUUUCGGCUUUUUGGCACGGCCCAGCCACCGGUCAAAAUCGUCAUCCCAACCGACGAGAUGGAAGGCGGGCCCGGAGGGGAAGGUGGCAUGUUGCGACGGCGGCCAGUAUCCUACUACCUCGCUCAUGCGCCGACUCCAGCCCAGCAAGCCGAGUUCGCCACCGCCGCCGUCAGCGGGGAAGAUGUCCUCCGCCGCGCCCAGCAGCGGUGGUGGGGCAUGGAGAUGCCCUGGAAGGUGACGCACAUCACUGCCCAGACGAAAACCAAAGGCGGGCGAACCGUGUCGGUAUCCUUCUCCCCAGCAACAGCAAACGGAGCGUCCCAAGGGACGGAGAAGGAGAGGAAGAAGCCGAAUAGGCGGCCCGGGAAGAAGAAGCGUAUCGCCAUGCGGGUGAAGGCCAGGGAAGCCCAGCGCAGAGCCGAGGAGGAACAGAAGUCUAAACUGACGAAGGAGGAGGCGAUGCGUGAGAAGAAGAAGAAGCUGAACCGGCAGAAGAACCAGAAGAGGCGGGCCAAGGCUAAGGAGGCCAAGAUGGUCAACAAGUCUACGAGCGAGAUGGGCGAGGGUGAAACCAGGGAUCAGGACGCGAGUUCUGUUGCUUCAAAUGAUUCGUGAGGAGGAAUUUAUAGCGGGCGUUAUGGG